AUGAUCUUAAGUGAGCCACUUAGCGACGGCAUAUCCUUUUUGGAAAUCCUUCAUAAGAUCGGCUACAUUCCCAGCGCUCCGUCUAGUGAGGGCUCACCACCACAAAGCGUGCCCCUUAUUCCGCGGCCGCGAGACAUGUUGCAGCUACCACCGCCAGGCUCGCGCCCUGUGCUUAUUGCAAAGAAGAUCUUCCUCCUGGGUCUCUACACUCAAAGCAUACAACCCCAUACCAAGUAUUACGAUGCCAUGUCCCGCAUGGUAGAAGCCGCCAUUAGCCUGGUGGCGACCAGGGACGAGCUCACCAGCUCUCUAGAAGGGAUAGAGUGCAUUGCCUUGGAGUGUCUUUACCAUGAGGGCGCUGGGAAUCUUCGUCGCGCAUGGCUUGCAAUCCGCAGAGCCAUAGCCAUGUCCCAGAUAAUAGGCCUCCACCGCGGCAAUGCCACGAGCUUGUCUUUAGAAGCUCUGGAGCCAGAAACUCGUGAGCGGGUUGACUCUGAGCACAUGUGGCUUCGAGUUAUGCAAAUAGACCGCUAUAUCUCCCUGAUGCUGGGCCUGCCGCAUUUUUCACCCGAGAUUGUCCCCGCCCAGCCUGAGUCGAUGGAGCAAUGCACCCCGAUAGAGCGGAUGCGGCGUCUUGACGCGGUAGCAGGAGGACGCAUCCUAGCGCGCAACCAAGACUACAUUAGAGACGGAGUCGCCGAGACGCGUGAGAUUGACCAACUACUUCAAAGGUCCUCAGAAAUCAUGCCACCUCAGUGGUGGCUGUCCGGUAGCGAGGCCACCAACUACCAAUCCAAUCCCGGGGAACAAGAUGGCGAAGAGAUACGAAUCCUGGAAGCGACAGUCCGCAUCACAGAUCAACUCAUCCACUACCAGCUGCUUGUUCAACUUCACUUCCCCUACCUUCUCUGUUCUUCCACCCAAAGCAAGUACGAUUAUAGCAAGAUGACAGCCGUCCAUGCAAGCCGUGAGCUCCUUCGCCGCUUUCUUGCCUUCCGCGUUAUUUAUCCCGUCAGCUCCUACUGCCACGGUCUCGAAUUCAGCACUUUCAUAGCGAUAGCGGCACUUUGCCUCGCUCACAUGGAGGCACGCCGCCAGGUUCUCGCCGAGGAGAUUGCCACCAAGAGCAGCGUGCUAUGCUUUCUGACACACCAGCGACCGGCUGACCGGGCAAUGAUGGAGCGAGCAGUUGAGAAUAUGGAGAGGAUGGCCGCUGCCCGUACUGAUACUCUUGUAAAGAAGGCUGUCACGAUUCUACGGCAUCUCCUUGUAAUUGAGGCGGAUGUUGCAGCCGGUGGGUGGUACAGCGCGGACUCUUCACCGGCAAAGGCACAUGAUACUGAGGAGGAGUUUGGUGGGCUUAGUGAGGGCGGAAAUGUGCUACGGAUCUUCAUCCCGUACUUUGGAACCGCCAAGAUUCGCCACAGCGGGAUUGACACCUCCAUUUCAUCACCAUCAGGGGGCCAAAACGAGCACGCAGAAUCCGAGACACAGAGAGCCGCCGCGAGGACUAGUCAUCCCGCUGUCUUCAGCCUCGAUAAAAACUCACAGGAUGCGCAUAUGCUUAUGCCCGAGUUCGACACAGGGGCAAGCGAUUGGGCUUUGCAGGGCAUAGACGUGAGCUUUCUCAGUGACCUCGCGGGGACUGGGACGGAUGCGGUAGUAUAA